ACAACAACAUCUCCGCCAUUACCGUUGAAUACACUUCUACCUCCUCGGAAAUUUCCGACGUCGAUUUUUCGGAGAAGUUGUUGUCGAGGAGAAUGAGUGCUGACAGUAUUUCUUUGGAGACGACGUCGAGAUCAGUGUUUCCAAGGCCUUUAAAUGCGGUAAACGUUGAGAAUUUUCAGGAGGUUAACGGAAGUAACGGAACACCGAGAAGUGGAGGUGUGGCGAAAUCCAACGGUAAUAUUAAUGGAAAUCAUCAGGUGCCUCCUGUUGUUGAUAAUUCAUUGGUGGAAGAAGCUUGGGAUAGGUUGAGGAAAUCUUACGUUUAUUAUAAAGGUGAACCUGUUGGAACUGUUGCUGCUUUGGAUCCUAGUGCUGAAGCUCUGAACUAUAAUCAGGUUUUCGUAAGGGACUUCUUUCCUAGUGCGCUAGCUUGCCUAAUGAAAGAACCCCCUGAGGCUGAUAUUGUGAAGAACUUCUUGCUGAAAACCCUCCAUCUUCAAGGCCGUGAAAAAAAGAUUGAUAAUUUUACUCUUGGAGAAGGGGUGAUGCCAGCAAGCUUCAAGGUUCAGAAAGAUGAGAAAUAUGAACGUGUGAAGGAAACUCUGGAAGCUGAUUAUGGUGGCACCGCAAUUGGAAGAGUUGCGCCUAUGGAUUCUGGGUUUUGGUGGAUAAUUUUGCUGAAGUCAUAUGUCAAACGCACAAGAGACCACUCAAUUACAGACAUGCCUGAAGUGCAGAAAGGCAUUAAAUUGAUCCUUAACCUCUGCCUCUCUGAUGGUUUUGACACUUUCCCAUCACUACUUUGUGCAGAUGCAUGCUGUAUGAUUGAUAGAAGGAUGGGAAUAUAUGGGUAUCCAAUUGAGAUUCAAGCUCUUUUCUUUUUUGCACUAAGAUGUGCCAAAGAUAUGUUGAAAGAAGGGUCUGACAACAAAGAAUUGCUGGACAAGAUCAUUGAAAAGAUCAAAGCACUAAGUUUUCACAUUCGAACCUACUACUGGCUUGAUUAUACCCAGCUGAACAAUAUAUAUCGUUAUCGAACAGAAGAAUACUCUCAUACUGCUCUAAACAAGUUCAAUGUAAGCCCAGAAUCAAUCCCUGAUUGGCUGUUCGAGUUCAUGCCCUUAAAAGGAGGUUAUUUCAUUGGCAAUGUCAGCCCAGCUCGGAUGGACUUCAGGUGGUUCUUACUUGGGAACUGUAUUGCCAUCUUAAGCAGUCUCGCUACACCAGAUCAAGCAUCAGCAAUAAUGGACUUGAUUGAGGCGCGUUGGAGUGAACUGAUUGGAGAGAUGCCUUUGAAAAUCACUUAUCCCGCUCUUGAGGGUAACGACUGGAACAUUGUCACAGGGUAUGAUCCCAAGAAUACUCGGUGGAGUUACCACAAUGGUGGAUCUUGGCCAGUUCUGCUGUGGUUGCUGAUAUCUGCAUGCAUCAAGACCGGGAGGCCUCAGACAGCGAAGAAUGCCAUAGAAUUGGUGGAGAAACGUCUAGCCAAAGAUGGGUGGCCAGAGUACUAUGAUGGGAAGACAGGCCGCUACAUCGGAAAGCAAGCAAGAAAGUACCAGACAUGGAGCAUUGCUGGCUACCUGGUUGCCAAGAAGAUGAUUGAAAAUCCAGCCAAUCUUCUGCUGGUGUCGCUCGAUGAGGACAAGACAAUUACCAAGCCUAAGCUCACUCGCUCUGCCUCAUGGAGUGCUAGCUAGCUAGCUACUAGCUAGUGUCAUCUUCUUUCCACUUCAUGGGUUCGUUUUCUGAAACAUUACUGCAAACUGCUAACUACAGGAUAUCAGGAUAUACUAUAAAGCUGUAAAUAAGGACUAGGGAGACACUCAGAUGUAGAAGGUAAAAUCAGUAUGUAAUUUUUGUCAUUUUUUGACAGGGACUCUUCACCUUGUUAUUGCCUUAUUGGG